AUGUUCUGUCCCAUGGGCCCGAUAGCUGUCCCCGCCGCUGCCUUACCGAGCACUCUUCGAGUACAAACCUAUGUCAAUGGCGAGAAACGUCAAGAUGGCAGCACCUCGAGUCUCAUCACCUCAAUCCCCAAAAUCAUCGAGACCAUUUCAGAGGGGAUCACCCUACAGGCUGGAGAUGUCAUCGCCACAGGAACACCGGCAGGAGUUGGAAUGGGAUUUCGUCCACCCAAGUUCCUGAAGCCAGGCGAUCUCGUUGAGGUCUCCAUCACCGGCCUCGGAAAACUAAGCAAUCGUAUCAUGCAGGCCAAAGAAUCCAACCCGACUUUAGGCCUCGUCUCGCACCCGUCAGCCUCGAGCCUUCCCACCUUCAACCUUGACCGCACUUGGGGAGGUGUCGGAUUGAUCCAAGCUGGAGACGCCUUCAUCAAUGUCCGCGAACUUGGCUCCGACUCCGGUGCACCGAUCGUCUUUAUUCACGGCCUCGGUGCCUCCCUCGAGUACUGGAUGCCCCUAAUUGAGUCUACUGGUCUUGCAUCGCAGCACAGGAUCAUUGCCUACGAUCUCGAAGGUCACGGCUUGAGUCCUGCAAAGGCAUCAAAUACUACUACAAUUGACACAUACGUUCGAGACCUGGAGAGUCUUUUCAUGGCGAAGGGGAUCACUCGCGCUACGCUCGUGGGCUGGUCGCUUGGGGCGCUGAUUGCGAUGGCGUUUGCAGCGAAGCAUUCAUAUUCCACUUCUCAACCCCGAGUGGAAAAGCUGAUCCUCCUCGGUCCCGGCACCAACCCCCUCCCUUCCACUGCAUCAGACAUGUUCGCCCAGCGUGCCUCCAUCGUUCGCAGCCAAGGCAUGUCGGCAUCCGGCAUUGCCCAUCUUGUCGCAAAGGCUGCAACCAGUCCGAAAACCAAGUCUGAAAGGCCACAAGCAACGUCGUCGAUAAGACAGUUCUUGCUCUCGACGCAUCCCGAGGGGUACGCGAAGGGAUGUAUGGCCUUGGCCUUGUCGAAAGAGCAGACUGUGGACGUGGAGAAGAUCGAUGUGCCGACGCUGAUUGUUGCCGGGAAGGAUGAUCAGAUUUCCACUCUCGAAACGGCGGAGAGCUAUGUACGGCGGUUGAGGCAGGGUCAGGUGAAAGUACUGGAGGGAGUGGGACAUUGGCAUGUAUGUGAGGAUUUGGGGGCGGUAGCGCAGGUGGUCAGACAAUUCGCUUGA